AUGACAGAUAAAAUUAGAGUAUUAGUUACAGGUAGCAGUGGAUUGUUAGGAAGAGCUUUCAUGAGAACAUUCGCUGGUUGUGCCGACAAGUUCAACGUGUUGGGUUUGGCAUUUUCAAGAUAUGAAAAGUAUAAGAAUCAAUUCCCUUUGGAGCAUGUAGAUAUCAACGACCGUGUUCAAUUGACAGACAUUGUAAACCGAUUCAAACCAGAUGUAAUUAUACAUUCCGCUGCUGAGAGAAGACCUGAUAUCUGUGAAAACGAUAAAGAUAGAGUAAUUCAACUUAAUGUUAAAUCAACAGAAUUUAUUAAUGAAUUGGCUAUGAAUGUUGGUGCUUAUCUUGUUUUGAUUUCAUCGGACUAUGUUUUCGAUGGUGAGAAUGCACCCUACAAGACAGACGCUCAAACUAAUCCACUUUCAUUCUACGGUGAGACAAAGAGAGCAUCCGAAGUUGUUUGUUUAAAGAAUCCAAGAAAUAUAAUUCUUAGAGUACCUGUAUUAUAUGGACAAGUUGAAACACUAUCAGAGAGCGCUGUAACCGUAGUCGCAGAACAGAUCAAAAAGAAUGCAAACGUUGAAAUCGAUAAUUGGCAAUUAAGAUACCCGACAUUGGUAGAUGAUGUUGCUAAAUGUACAUUAAUGUUAAUUUGUAAAAAGAAAGAGAAUGGUGAUUCAAUUUCGGGAAUCUAUCACUUUACCGAUAAUCAAAAGCUUACUAAAUAUGAAAUGGCCGUUGUAAUGGCAAAGGUUUUAGGUAUCGAUGCCUCGCAGAUCAAGCCUGGAAACAGUAAGCCUUCUGGUGCACCAAGACCUUAUAACGCUCAGUUAGACACCACGGCAACAUCCCAACUCAUCGGUGUUUUGCCAUCGACAAAUUUCGAGACUGCUAUCACCUCAAUCCUUAACAACACACCAUAA